AUGACCAAGAAUCAUUCGUCCAAAGUAUCAAAGCAGAAGACUUCUAAAGGAUCAUCAAUAUCCAUGUUGCUUGCCCAGACCGCUGCCACCACUAGUACUUACGACGCAUAUUGUGGUUUUAGCAAGCCAGAGCUCAUUAAUUUGACGAUCCAACUUCUCAAUGACUUAGGACUUCAAAAAUCAUCACAGACUCUUCAGGAAGAAGCUGCUCAAUUAUAUGGCCCAAAGAAUUCAUCACCCCUGGCCUUCAAAGGUAAACUAUCAGGUCGGUCGGUACUUGAGUCAUUUUUGAACCAAAUUAAGGAGGGAGAGUUCGAUAAAGCUGAGAAAUUGGUUGAUAAAUUGGAUUUGAAAUCUGGUCAAAAUAUAAAUCCUAAAGUUAAUUGUGCUUUUAGUGAUUUAGGGUGGGUGAAUGAUCAUCCAAAUGAAUUAAACCCUAUUUCAUCAACACCUAACAAUAAUGAACAAUCAAUAAAGAAUCAAGUGAUUUUCUUGAUUAGAAAGCAAAAGUUCCUUGAAUUUCUUUUACUUGGUAAAAGUUCCAAAGCUGCGUUGAAUAUUCUUAAAACUGAGAUAUCCCCACUAAGUUAUUCGCCUCCAAAUGAAAUCAACAUGUUAUCUUCGUUAAUUGUUGAUGAUGCAUCAAAUGUUGCUUAUAUUCAAGCUAAUGGAUUUGAAACAAACCGGAGCAACUCACAAUCAGCCCAGGAGAAAUCCCGGAAUUCGUUGAUUGCCAAAAUAUCGGAUUACAUUGUGCCUCAUCUGCUAUUACCCCCUCAUAGACUACUUACGUUACUUACACAGGCUCAAAAUUAUCAAAAGUCAAUGAACUUGAUUACAUUAGAUGAUGAUCCAUUAAAUAAUGAUCAAUGUUCACUAUAUGAAGACUAUAUUUAUCCAGCGGAUAAGUUUCCGUGCAAAAUAUUACAAUCGAUUCGCCAUCCAGGAAAACAAAUUUGGUUUGUGAGAUUUGAUCCUACUGGGAAAUAUCUUGCAGUAGUUCCUAAUGAUUCAAAAAUUUUAAUAUAUUCUGUGGGAGAAUUUGGAUAUAAUGAUGGAAUAAAAUCUCCUGAUAAUAAUAUGCAGUUCAAAUUGCAUGGGAUGUUGACAGGACACGGCAAGGAGGUCUUGUAUUGUUCGUGGUCAAAUGAUGGCACAAAAUUACUAAGUGGUGGUUAUGAUGGACAAGUCAGAUUAUGGGAUGUUGAAUCUGGUAAAUGUCUUCAAAAGACUCAUGUCUUGCUCAGCAAAAAUGACUCUCCCUCUGCUAAAGAACCAUCUUCUGUGGCUCCAUCGAUUAAGGCGGUUGAAUGGCUACCCAAUGGUGAUGGUUUUAUUGUUGGAUCUCCUGAAAAGGAACUUGUUUAUUUUAGCAGUGAUGGAGAAGAAAAAUAUCGUUGGUCAGGAAUCAGAAUUUUGGAUUUAGCAGUGACCUGUGAUUCAAAAUAUGUGGUUGCGAUUUCUCGAUCCAACCUUUAUGUAUUUGAUUUGAUUAACAAUCGGAAAAUUAGGGAUAUCCAUAUAGGCAUAAAACUUACCACUGUUGAUUUAUCCAGGAAGAACCAACAUCAAGCUAUAAUCCAUGUUAUGCCAGACACUAUUCAAAUAUGGGAUUGGAAACUUGGGAUUCAUCUCAAGAAAUUCACUGGUCAAAAGCAAGAGGAAUUCAUUGUUCGAUCUACAAUGGAUCCUUCAGAAAGAGUCCUUGUUUCUGGCUCGGAGGAUGGAAGAGUUUAUAUGUGGAAUACCAAGUUUUCUGCUUUGGUACUCGCCAUUAAAGGUCAUAGGAAGCUCAUUAAUGCCGUAGAUUAUCACCCUAAGUACCCUUGGAUGUUUGUUACCGGAAGCGAUGAUGAGACUGUCAAAGUCUGGGGUCCAAAUGCUGCGCUUAGAAUAAUCCAAGAAACUAAAAUCACCAUUCUGAAUGAUACCGGCGCCUUUUCUCUGACUUGUGAUGAUGAAAAUGUGGAUCAUGCUGUGGAAAUUGAAAAUGACUUGGACAAGGAAAAGAAUGGUAAUGGUUUAAGAACUAAUAAUAGAGGAAGUCGAGGAUCUUCGCACCCAUUGGUUGCAGAUGAUGAUGAUGAUGAUGAUGAUGAUGAUGAUGAUGAUGAUUUUGGCGAAUACAAUGAUGUCAUUGAUGAUGAUGAAGAAGAGGUAGAAGAAGAUGAUGACGACGAGGACAAUGAUGAUGAUGAUUAUGAUGAUGAUGAUGAAGAACAAGAAGAUGAUGAUAUGGUAGAAUGA